AUGCCCCGGCACUGCUCCGCCGCCGGCUGCUGCACCCGCGACACCCGCGACACCCGCGGCAGAGGCAUCUCCUUCCACCGGCUGCCGCGCCGGGACGAUCCUCGCCGAGCUCAGUGGUUGGAGAACAGCCGGAGACGGGACCCGGCGGGCGGGGGGCGCUGGGACCCCAGCUCCAAGUACAUCUACUUCUGUUCCCAGCACUUCGAACAGUCCUGCUUCGAGCUCGUGGGCUACAGUGGCUACCACCGCCUGAAGGAAGGCGCCGUCCCCACCGUGUUCUCCGUGGGUCCCUCCCGGCCCCCCCGGCCCAAGCCCCCUCCCCCCGCCGACAGCGACCCCCCAAAACCUCUGAGGAGCACCCGCAGGUGGAGACGGGACCCCCUCCCGUCCCCUCCGCACCCCCCGUUCCCCUCGGACGCCUCCUGCUUCCCCCGGGACACCAAAGACCCGGGCCCGCCCCCGGCCGGCGACCACGGCGGCGUCCCGGCCCUGCCCGGCCCCUGCGGCUCCGUGCCCGAGACUCUGCUGGUAGCCACGGGCGACGAGGAAGCCACGACCACUCCCGCUCUGCCCGAGGGAGCCCCCCCGACCCCCGCAGCCCCCGCGGGACCCCCGUCGCCCUCCGUGUUCAUGCUGCGGCUGCCGCCGCGGGCCGGCUCGUACAUCCAGAGCGAGCACAGCUACCAGGUGGGCAGCGCGCUGCUCUGGAAGCGCCGAGCCGAGGCCGCGCUGGACGCGCUGGACAAAGCGCAGCGGCAGCUCCAGGCCGGCAAAAGGAGAGAGCAGAGGCUGAGGCUGCGGCUGGCCGAGCUGCAGAGGGAGAGGAGAGCGGGCCCCGAGCCCCGGAGGAGCCUCAAGGAGCCACCCAGGAGCCCCAAGGAGCCACCCAGGAGCCCCAAGGAGAGGAGGAGGAGGAGGGCGCUGAGGAAUUGUCGGUGCUGCCAGCCCCGAGGAGCCACAAAGAGCCCUCAAGGAGCCCAAAAAAGCCCCAAAAAGCCCCAACGAGUCCUUGAGGAGUCCUCGAGGAGCCCCCAAAAGUCCCCAAGGAGUCCUCGAGGAGCCCAAAAGAGCCCCAAGGAGUCCUUGAGGAGUCCCCAGGAGCCCCGAGGAGCCUCCAAGGAGUCCCCAAAAAGCCCCAAGGAGUCCUUGAGGUGUCCCAAGGAACCCCAAAAAGCCCCGAGGUGUCCCUGA